AUGAAGGGAUUUAGACGCUGGAUUGUUUGUGGAGGACCUUUAGAAUGUAGCCCGGACCACGGCCAGCCAGGCGGGCCUCGCCCUAAGAACCAGGACGGCGGUGUGAGGGCGCUGAUCAAGCGACGCCUGGACAAGGCCAAAAGGAACAGCACCACCCAGCUGAACCCGGGCCUGAACAAACUCAGCAGGCACUUCGGUUCUCGGGAGUCUGUGUCGAUCCCGGUCGGUGCCGUUGGGAGUUUGGAUCUGAGCGCCGACACCAGCACCGUCAUCAGACCCGUCCACAGCUCCAUUUUAGGGGAGAAGUAUUGCUUUGAGGUGAUCAGUUCGGAGAACACUCACUGCUUUGGCUGCUCAUCGGCUGCCGAACGAGACCGCUGGAUUGAAGAUCUGAGGCGAACUGCCCAGCCCAAUAAAGAUAAUGUUGAGCGGACAGAGAACUCCCUGAGCCUGUGGGUCAAUGAGGCGAAGGACCUGCCGCCCAAACGGCGUUAUUACUGCGAGGUUCACCUGGACGGGACCCUGUUCGCCCGCACCAGCAGUCGCGCUGUCGGAAAGCCGGCCAACCGCUCCAGCCUGGCUGGGGACAACUCCGCCGGCUCUUCAGGAGGCCCAGGGGCCGGUGGAGGUGUGGGUGGAGGGUGUCAACUGUUCUGGGGUGAAUUCUUCGAGCUCGACAACCUGCCGUCAGUGUCCCAAAUCAGCCUGCACCUUUUCCGAGAGGAAGACUCCAAAAAGAAGCGCCACUCCCGCGAGGAGUCAAACCUGCACCCGCUGGGCAGCGUGGAGAUUCCCCUGGAUGAUGUUCGAGGGAGGACCUACCAGGAGAAGUGGUACCCGAUCCCUCCAUACAAGGCUGCAGGCACAGCGGGGAACAAGGAGCUGCUGGGGCCACAGGCCUCGCUCCGCAUCAAGGCCCGCUUCCAGAACCUGAAAGUGCUGCCGAUGGAGAAGUACAAGGAGUUUGCAGAAUACGUGACGGUAGACUACAUUGAAAUGUGCAGAAACUUGGAGCCGCUUCUGAGCGUGAAAGAGAAGGAAGAGCUGGCAGGAGCUCUGGUCCACGUCCUCCAGAGUAUCGGCAAAGCCAAGGAGUUCCUGGUUGAUCUGGGCAGUGCGGAGGUGGAACGACUUGGAGAGAAGGAAGCGCUGAUCUUCAGAGAGAACACACUGGCCACUAAAGCCAUAGACGAGUACAUGAAGCUGGUUGGCCAGAGGUACCUGAUCGACACGCUCGGGGACUUCAUCACACGACUUUACUCCUCAAUGGAGAACUGUGAAGUCGAUCCUCGUAAAUGCCCCGCCGCUGAGCUGACGAGCAACCAGCAGCAUCUGAGUGAAACCUGCGAGGAGGUCGUGCAGAAGAUCGUUGAGCUCCACGGACCUUUUCCAGAAGAACUCAACAAGAUCUUCUCCAGCUGGGUGGAGCUGUGUGAAGACCAGGGCAGAGCAGAAAUUGGCCAUCGGCUCAUCUCUGCUUCCCUCUUUCUUCGCUUCUUGUGCCCUGCCGUGCUCAGUCCUUCCCUGUUCGGCUUGAUGCAACCUUAUCCCGAGCCGAACACGCUCCGGGCCCUUACCCUAACCGCCAAAGUCAUCCAGAAUCUGGCUAACUUCACCCUGUUUGGAGAGAAGGAAGAAUACAUGCUGUUUAUGAACGAGUUCCUGCAGCAGCACUGGGAUGGAAUGAGGUCUUUUCUGCAAACCGUGUCCAAUCAGGACACAGAGAUCCCAAUGACGUCAUUUGACGGAUACGUGGACUUACCGCUGCGUUUAGCUGUGCUGCACGGUCUGCUGGUGGACAUUAUUUACAAGAAAGACCAGGAAACGAUAAACAAGCUGCACCCGCUGCCCUCCAUCCUCAACCAGAUUACAGAAGCGCUCGGCCCUGAAGUCCCUCAGAUCAUCAUAAACAGCCAAACAGAACAAACCAAGCCGAUCUACGUUCCUCCCAAAGACCUGGGAAAGUACAGUCCUCUUCAGUCCUCCAUGCAGAAGCUACCUGUGGACUCCAGAGGCCUUCGAGACAGUGACGGCAGGGCUCGUCGGAGCAUGAGAAAGGGGAAGCCUCUCGCCAGAACCCAGAGCGCUCCACACAGACCGCCUGCUCACGCCAAACAAGUCCUGAAGAGGCAGAAGAGUUCUGAAGCUAUGCCGACCACCGACCUCGAGCAGGAGGCGCAGGAGUUGCAGGAGGGAGAGGUCAACCAGCCGAUCAUCACCCGCCCGAAUAACAGCAUCAGCGUCAAGCGUCCACCUGCACCGGUCCCAUGGAUCAUUGUGAACCCCAACAGGGAGUCGUGCGAGAUGAAGACAGAGAAUGAGCAGUUCAACUUGUUGGACAAACACGCUCAGGAGCUGUCCGAGCUCCGGCUAGGGAUCGAGCAGGUGACGGAGCGGGAGCUGGACAUGGCCAAGCGCCUGGAGGACUUCAUCAUCCAGAGUCAGGAUCAAAAUUCAAUGCUGCAAGCUGAAGUCAACGAGCUUCGAAACGCGCUGGCUGUGCGAGAGGAGCAGCUCGCCAGCGCCACCUUCAGGCUGGGUGUGAUUGAGGAAGAAAGGGAGGAAGACGAGAGGAAGCUCAGUGUUGCCCUCGCAGCAGCAGAGAGAGUCAAUGUGCUGGAGGAGCAGUUUGCAGGCCUGCUGCAGGACCUUCAGCAGCUCACCGAGGCCUACAGCAGCAGCCAGAACAAAACCCGGCCCGCCGAGCAGCCUCACACCAACAGCAACUGA